CCAGGCAAACAGAGUGCGUUUCGAAAGCGUGGUGGUUGCCGAUGUUGCCGAUGCUGCCGAUGUUGGACAGCCGUGGCGCAGGCAGGGUGACAUCCACCUGACCGAGAAUCUGUGGCUGGACACGUUUUGGCUUUCGCCAAACAACACCACUUCCCUCCCCAUCGUUGCCUGCGAUCCAUGAUUCGGCCAUGUCUUCGGAAGAAGCCAGGAAGCAAAAGGAGCGCCAGCAUCAUCGGCUGUUUUCCGCCGACUUUAUCGUCUGGCUCUCUGUGUUGGCAGUCGCUGCAUCGACCCUUCUCUACAUCCUCCUGAACCCAGAAGUCUCGCAUCCAGCUGGCACACCUCCGCCCGAUGAGACCCAGGCUUCCGCGGAGCAUCACAGCGACCACGCCCAUCAUCUCUCACUGGAGCUCCGAAGACUUGAGCAAAAGGAGGCGCUCUCAAACCAGUUUCGAAAGGUCUAUCCAAAAGAGAUCCUUCCGCUCUUCUUCAACCACGACUAUGAGAAGCUCUGGAUUCCGCUCUAUACCUGGCCUCCGCCGUGGGAGCAGCACUACCAGAUCAUCAGCAACGCCGAGUGCUGGGCUCGCGAUCAUGAGGACUCUGUGAUAGACGACAAGCUUGUUUCCAGCUACGUCGGCUUUCAAUCCUCCAAGACAAGCGACAUUGAAAAGUACUACGACGCCAUGAACAGCGCCGCGUUCGAAUAUGUAUAUCACCACGAAGCAUUCGAGCACAACCGCCUGAACUACUCCGAUACCCUGCUGGUUCUGCAGCAGCGCCAGAGUCCCUCAAAGUCUGUCCCCAUCGACGACAUCUUUUCCACCCUCAACCACUUGAAGGCUCUGGCCUUUGCCCUUGAGCAUUCGAGCCAGACCGAAAAUUUCUCGUUCUCGAUCGAGUUCCUGUCCAAGCUGCACGUCGAUCUCUCGUCCAACCUCCAACUGGCCGUUCCUGACUCGGUCGAUGCCGAGCUCGGCGUCUGGCGCAACCAUGACGCUGCUUUGGGGCUAUCGCAUGUGCUGACUCCCUACUGGAUCGAGGUCUUCCCGCUGAUGGAUCGCUACAUCGAGUGGCUCAAUCGAUGCAGCACCGAACUGCAGGAGUCGCAUAGCGCCUCCGACGAUGGCCGAAACUGGAUCCGCUCGGCGCUGUUUGCAUUCGAGGCCCUCUAUCGCUUCACAAGCAUCAACCCAUUCUCUAACGCCAACUCCAAGAUCGCGCGACUGAUUAUGAAUAUCAUCCUCGUCAAGGGCGGCCUUCCGCUCGUGGUUAUAUCGGAUCCAGAUGCGACCGCUUACUACAGUCUGUGGGAGAGCCCCAAAGACAAGCUGCCGUUCCUCCGCCACCACCUUGAGCUGCUGAAUCGCAAUCUGGCUUCGUAUGUAUGAGCCGCGGCGCCUGUCCUUGUGGGAACAGCGCAACGCCGCAUACGCUUUGCCAAAUAGCGCACGACAUCCAAAUCUAAAGCAAUGCGGCUCCUCACAGCCUGGAUAUCGGAUCCUGUACUCUCAGAACACUCUGCAGAGGCUCUCGCCGGAUCAAUACACCCAUGCGCGUGCAUUGGCCCAUACCGCGUUCAGGAAC